AUGUCCUACUACUACGAGCAGUGCAAGCAGCCCUGCCUGCCCCCUGCCUGCCUGCAGAAGUGCGCCAAGUGCCCGGAUCCCUGCGCCACCCAGUGCGUCGAGGUCUGCCAGGCCCCCUGUGCCACCACCUGUGUCACCCAGUGCGUGGAGCCCUGUGCCACCCAGUGUGCCACCAGCUGUGCCCCGCAGUGCGUGGAUGUGUGUGCCACCAGCUGUGCCCCGCAGUGCGUGGACGUCUGCGCCAAGCCCUGCUCCAGCCAGUGCGUGGAGGUCUGUGCCCCUCAGUGCGUGGACGUCUGCCCCACUCAGUGUGCCACCAGCUGUGCCCCUCAGUGCGUGGACGUCUGCCCCACUCAGUGUGCCACCAGCUGUGCCCCGCAGUGCGUGGAUGUCUGUGCCACCCAGUGUGCCACCAGCUGUGCCCCGCAGUGCGUGGAUGUCUGUGCCACCCAGUCCCGAGCCUGUGCCACCAAGUGCGUGGAGCAGUGCCAGACCGAGGUUUGCAGCACCAAGUGCGUGGAGUCGUGCGAGGCCGUGUGCCUGGAGCCCUGCUCCCGCCCCUGCUGA